AUGAAUAUUGAUUCUCCCACUCCUCAACCCAAAAGUAACAAUGAUGGCGUUACACCAAAUGCAUAUGCUGCGAGCGCACAGACAUCUGCCAACAACACGCAAACAUUGACAUCAUCCAAUGCAGCUGAAUCAACUCUGAAUGGACAAGAGCUGAUCAAGCAAUUUAUGCCUGAUGACAGUAUGAAGGAGCCUCUCAUUCAGGCACGACCAGAUCUGGAAGAUGGCAGAGAUGGCAAAAAGCUCAGAACAGAGCAGGAACAGCGCGCCAAUCUCACCAGGCGCUUCACCAGAGGCAGUGCAGCCAGCAAAUUCAACACUGACACCGACAAGGGUGGCAAAGGAGCUUCAGACGACUCCCAAGGGCAGGAAACAUCAGAAACUGCUCAGUCCAACCGUCAACACUUAAAAUAA